AUGGCAGACCACUCAGCCCAGGGACAGGGGCAGCCCGUCCCCCCAAACCACCUCGGCACGGCCGUCCCCAGCGGCCAGUUCGGCGAGAACAAGGAGGAGGUCCAGCAGCACCACCACCAGCAGCAGGCCGCCGCCUUCGACGAGAAGAAGGGACCCAUGCCAGAGGACGACGAGGAGGAAGAGGACAUGGACCAGCUCAUCGCCGACCUCGAGUCCCAGGACGGCCACAUCGAUGAGAUCGACGACGAGGAAGACGACCAGCCCGGUGGUGAGCGUCCCGUGCCGGAGGAGCUCCUCCAGACCGACACCCGCACCGGUCUCACCGACGCGGAGGUCCUCACCCGCCGCAAGAAGUACGGUCUCAACCAGAUGAAGGAGGAGAAGGAGAACCUCCUUCUCAAGUUCCUCUCCUACUUUGUUGGCCCCAUCCAGUUCGUCAUGGAGGCCGCCGCUAUUCUUGCUGCUGGUUUGAGGGAUUGGGUUGACUUUGGUGUCAUCUGCGCCCUUCUGCUGCUCAACGCCUGUGUUGGUUUCAUCCAGGAGUUCCAGGCCGGUUCUAUCGUCGAUGAAUUGAAGAAGACUCUCGGUACCAUCAUCCCAGCUGACGGCCGUGUCGUCACCGAAGAUGCUUUCCUCCAGGUCGACCAGUCCGCCAUCACCGGUGAGUCUCUCGCCGUGGACAAGCACAAGGGAGACCACUGCUACGCCUCCUCCUCCAUCAAGCGUGGUGAGGCCUUCAUGGUCGUCACCUCCACCGGUGACAACACCUUCGUCGGUCGUGCCGCCGCCCUCGUCAACGCCGCCUCCGCCGGAACCGGUCACUUCACCGAGGUCCUCAACGGUAUCGGUACUGUCUUGCUCAUUCUCGUCAUCUUCACCCUGCUCGUUGCCUGGGUCGCCUCCUUCUACCGCUCCAACGGCAUCGUCACCAUCCUCGAGUUCACCCUGGCCAUCACCAUCAUCGGUGUCCCGGUCGGUCUGCCCGCCGUCGUCACCACCACCAUGGCCGUCGGUGCUGCUUAUCUCGCCAAGAAGAAGGCCAUCGUCCAGAAGCUCUCUGCCAUCGAGUCCCUCGCCGGUGUCGAGAUUCUCUGCUCGGACAAGACCGGUACCCUGACCAAGAACAAGCUCUCUCUCGCUGAGCCAUACUGUGUCUCCGGCGUCGACCCAGAGGACCUCAUGCUCACUGCCUGUCUCGCUGCCUCCCGCAAGAAGAAGGGUAUCGAUGCCAUCGACAAGGCUUUCCUCAAGUCCCUCCGCUACUACCCCCGUGCCAAGUCCGUCCUCACCCAGUACAAGGUCCUCCAGUUCCACCCCUUCGACCCCGUCUCCAAGAAGGUCUCUGCCGUCGUCGAAUCCCCCCAGGGCGAGCGCAUCAUCUGCGUCAAGGGAGCUCCUCUCUUCGUCCUCAAGACCGUCGAGGAAGACCACCCCAUCCCGGAAGACAUCGACGCCGCCUACAAGAACAAGGUCGCCGAAUUCGCUACCCGUGGCUUCCGUUCUCUCGGUGUUGCUCGCAAGCGCGGUGAGGGUUCCUGGGAGAUCCUCGGUAUCAUGCCUUGCUCCGAUCCUCCACGUCACGAUACCGCAAAGACCGUCAACGAAGCCAAGACUCUCGGUCUCUCCAUCAAGAUGUUGACUGGUGACGCCGUCGGUAUUGCCCGUGAAACUUCCCGUCAGCUCGGCCUCGGAACCAACAUCUACAACGCUGAGCGUCUCGGUCUCGGUGGUGGCGGUACCAUGCCCGGAUCUGACAUCUACGAUUUCGUCGAAGCCGCUGACGGCUUCGCCGAGGUCUUCCCCCAGCACAAGUACAACGUCGUCGAGAUUCUCCAACAGCGUGGCUACCUCGUUGCCAUGACUGGUGACGGUGUCAACGACGCUCCGUCCCUCAAGAAGGCCGACACUGGUAUCGCCGUCGAAGGUGCUUCCGAUGCCGCCCGAUCUGCCGCCGAUAUCGUCUUCCUUGCCCCCGGUCUCUCCGCCAUCAUCGACGCCCUCAAGACCUCUCGCCAGAUUUUCCACCGUAUGUACGCCUACGUCGUCUACCGUAUCGCCCUGUCUCUCCACCUCGAGAUCUUCCUUGGCCUCUGGAUCGCCAUCCUCAACACCUCCCUCAACCUCCAGCUUGUCGUCUUCAUCGCCAUUUUCGCCGAUAUCGCUACCCUGGCCAUUGCCUACGACAACGCCCCCUUCUCCAAGACCCCCGUCAAGUGGAACCUGCCCAAGCUCUGGGGUAUGUCCGUCCUCCUCGGUGUCAUCCUCGCCAUCGGUACCUGGAUCACCCUCACCACCCUCCUUGUCGGCGGUCACGAUGGCGGUAUCGUCCAGAACUUCGGUCAGAUCGACCCUGUCCUCUUCUUGGAAAUCUCCCUCACUGAGAACUGGCUCAUCUUCAUCACCCGUGCCAACGGUCCUUUCUGGUCCUCCAUCCCAUCGUGGCAGCUGGCCGGUGCCAUCCUUGUCGUCGAUAUCAUCGCUACUCUCUUCACCAUCUUCGGUUGGUUCGUUGGCGGCCAGACCUCCAUCGUCGCCGUCGUCCGUAUCUGGGUCUUCUCCUUCGGUGUCUUCUGUGUUCUCGGUGGUAUCUACUACCUCCUCCAGGGUUCCACUGGAUUCGACAACAUGAUGCACGGAAAGAGCCCCAAGAAGAGCCAAAAGCAGAGAUCCCUCGAAGAUUUCGUCGUCUCCCUUCAACGUGUCUCCACCCAGCACGAGAAGAGCGCAUAA